AUGGAAACUAUCCAAAAAUCAGAAGAUAUUUUAGGUGCGAAUGAAAAUAUCAUUAGAAAGCAUACCUACAGCAAUAUAGAAGACGAAGAGGAAGAGCCUCUUAUAAGCUACACAAGUGAAACCUCAAAUAGCAAUGGAUCCCAGUAUGAUUUUAGUAUUGUGCUGAAAAUUGAUAAAGCAAAAUUGAACGAAGACUGGAAGGAUAUGUUUGCCCGUGUGAUUAACCGAGUAACCCUAGACAACUACAGCAACUAUGCAAUUAUAGGAGAUAUGUACUCACUAUUUGCGCAAAAUAUUAUUGUAAAUGUCGUAGGAAUAAACCCAGAUUUUGAGUGCGUAGAGCUAAUAUCAUCAAUUGCAUCCCUUCUCGUGGAGGACGUGCUAGAAAACCAUAUAGAUAGUGGUGUUGAUCUGGCGAAAGUUGCAAAAGGUCUCUCAAUAGAUUAUCUGAACAGGAAAAACGAAACAAUGCAAGUGCUGAGUAAGGCACUCAAGAAUUUUGCAAAGAGUGGUUUCUUAGUUGCUGUGAAUAAAAAGCUAAAUGCAUGGUACAAAAACGUACAGACACUCUCAGAUAUCUCUGUAACUGAUUAUCUAAGAUACACACAGAUGUGGAUGGUGCACAAAAGACUUGCAUCGAUCUAUCUAUCUACACAGCUUGAGAAUGAUCUGAAUCACUUUGCUGAUAUGUUUAAGAACACUCCAGGAACUUCUACUGGCAAAUGUGUCUUCGAAGGCGCAAGAGAAAUAGACCUAUUCCAGCCCUAUAAUAGAUACUUGUAUAACAUAGACAAGGCGUUGAUUCUUGCACAUAAGUACAAAAAUAAACUCGUAAAGUACCAGAAGACGCAAACUAUAGACUCAAGCACGCAGAUUCCAAAAAGAGACCAGGAAAUGAUACUUGCACUGCAUAACAAUUGGAGGACUGUCUAUAGUAUCUUUAUAGACACAGACACAUUGAUUGACUGUGAUGGAAAGUACAUCAACUAUCCAUACCUUACAUCAUGCGGCGAUGAAAAGUGCAUAUUUGUAGACCCGAAACAGAACAGCUACUUAAACUUCAUAAAAAUAGAUCAGAUUUCCUAUUACUGCAGGCAAAUUAAAGAAAGUCUGCCAGGCGCCUCUAGAUAUAUUAUGCACAGAGUAAAGUCUCUAGAAAACCGCAUUAAAAGAUAUCUGAAAAAUCCAAAUGAAACAAGUAGCUUAUACAAUAGAGACCUAGAUAUUCUGCAGUCCCGCCAAAAUACCCCGAAUAUUCGGUAUACUGAGGAUGACUCAGAUGUACCACUUAUCUUUAAAGUUUCUGCUGUAGUAGUUGUUCUUAUGCUAGGAUCUUUAGCGUAUGCAGGGCACUAUCUUUUUUACAAACUGUGA